AUAACAUCUUCUCUUACACUGCAUACAGUACCAACCAGCCAAAAAUGAUACUUUCAUUCAAGAAUUCACUAUUUCCUCUCUUUGCUCUCAUCAACUUGGCUCUAAUCCUUCCUAUACAAUCCCAAGACCAACAACAAGAUUACUUAGAUGCCCAUAACCAAGCUCGUACAGCUGUAGGUGUUGGCCCACUGUCAUGGGACGACACCGUAGCUGCCUACGCACAGAAUUACGCAUCAACGCGCCGGAGACAACGCGCCGGAGACUGCAAUCUUGUGCACUCCGGCGGGCCUUAUGGCGAGAACUUGGCAUGGAGUAGUGCUGAACUUUCAGGCACAGAUGCUGUGAAGAUGUGGGUUGAUGAGAAGGCCUAUUAUGACUAUGAUUCUAAUUCUUGUUCUCCCGGCCAGAUGUGUGGCCAUUAUACUCAGGUGGUUUGGAGUAGCUCUGUCCGCGUUGGAUGUGCUAAGGUGAGGUGCAGCAAUGGAGGAACUUUUAUUACUUGUAACUAUGAUCCUCCUGGCAACUAUGUUGGCCAAAAACCUUACUAACUAGAAUCUUUUUUAUUAUCAAAAAGCUUCCACAAAAUAUUAAUUAACUAUCAGUAUUACUAGUUGAAUAGAAGCCAUGCAAUUGGUGUAUGAUUUAUUGGCUUCAGAGAAUAAAAAGAAAUGUGUGAAGCUUAUUUAAUUUGAAUGUUCUAUCCAAUUAAUUAGAUUGCUACGAGCUUUAUUUUAUUA